AUGGUGCCCCCCAGGGGACUCCAGACACAGUUACCAGCCAGCUGCGAUACAAAAUACCAGAAACGGGACUUGGCCACCACACGGUUGGAUGCAAAGAUUCACAUUCGAGGUCGGGGACUCAGCUACCGAGUCCAGGCAACUUCCCCAGUGGGACGGCACCCAGCCUCUCCUGCCGCAGUCCGGGUGCCAGGAGCACAGACUGGGGACCACUGCGGGCACGUGGGCUCGGCCGCAGCACUGCGCCAGUUCAGCACGCCCAGCAGCCCCGCGGCCGUGGCCUCUGGAGAGAGGUUCCUCCCCUUCUACUCUGCACCAGUCCAAGGGAAUCUGUGGUCGGUGACGCGCAUCCUUCAGCGAGCCACCUGCAGGCCAGGGUGCGCCUCUGGGACCGCAUCACAAGCUGGGCCGGCGGUCUGGGUACCGAAUGCUCCGGAGGCCAUGCGGGCGUUGGUGCGGCACAGUGACCGGCUGCCGCCGCUGCUUGUUGUUUUGUCAGUCAUGAUUCUUGAGACCGUUACAAGCCAAGAUCUGCCUGUGAUCAAGUGUGUUUUAAUCAGUCAUAAGAACAAUGGCUCAUCAGCGGGAAAGUCAUCGUCGUCGUCGUCCCUCAUGGUAAACUGUAAAGAAGAAGGCCCUGCUGUUGUCAAAAAGGAGGAGAAGGUACUUUACGAGUUAUUCGGAACAGACAUCAGAUGUUGUGCAAGAAAUGCACUGGGCCGUGAAUGCACCAAGCUGUUCACCAUAGAUCUAAAUCAGGCUCCUCAGAGCACACUGCCUCAGUUAUUCCUGAAAGUGGGGGAACCCUUGUGGAUAAGGUGCAAGGCCAUCCAUGUGAACCACAGAUUCGGGCUCACCUGGGAGCUGGAAAACAAAGCCCUGGAGGAGGGCAGCUACUUUGAGAUGAGUACCUACUCCACAAACAGGACCAUGAUGCGGAUUCUAUUGGCUUUUGUGUCCUCUGUGGGAAGGAACGACACCGGAUAUUACACCUGUUCUUCCUCAAAGCACCCCAGCCAGUCAGCGUUGGUGACCAUCCUAGAAAAAGGGUUCAUAAAUGCUACCAGCUCACAGGAAGAGUAUGAAAUCGACCCGUAUGAAAAGUUCUGCUUCUCAGUCACGUUUAAAGCAUACCCUCGCAUCCGAUGCACAUGGGCCUUCUCUCAAGCAUCCUUUCCUUGUGAACAAAGUGGCCUGGAGGAUGGAUACAGCAUAUCUAAAUUUUGCGAUCAUAAGAACAAGCCAGGAGAGUACAUAUUCCAUGCAGAAAACGAUGAUGCCCAGUUCACCAAAAUGUUCACGCUGAACAUAAGAAAGAAACCUCAAGUGCUAGCAAAGGCCUCAGCCAGCCAGGCGUCCUGUUCCUCUGAUGGCUACCCAUUACCCUCUUGGACCUGGAAGAAGUGUUCGGACAAGUCUCCCAACUGCACCGAGGAAAUCCCAGAAGGAGUUUGGAAUAAAAAGGCUAACAGAAAAGUGUUUGGACAGUGGGUGUCGAGCAGUACCCUAAAUAUGAGUGAGGCCGGGGAAGGGUUUCUGGUCAAAUGCUGUGCAUACAAUUCUGUGGGCACGUCUUGCGAAACCAUCUUUUUAAACUCGCCAGGCCCCUUCCCUUUCAUCCAAGACAACAUCUCCUUCUAUGCGACCAUUGGGCUCUGUCUCCCCUUCAUUGUUGUUCUCACUGUGCUGAUCUGUCACAAAUAUAAAAAGCAAUUUAGGUAUGAAAGCCAGCUGCAGAUGAUCCAGGUGACGGGCCCCCUGGAUAACGAGUAUUUCUAUGUUGACUUCAGGGACUAUGAAUAUGACCUCAAGUGGGAGUUUCCAAGAGAAAAUUUAGAGUUUGGGAAGGUCCUGGGGUCUGGUGCCUUCGGGAGAGUGAUGAAUGCCACAGCCUAUGGGAUUAGUAAAACAGGAGUCUCAAUUCAGGUGGCAGUGAAGAUGCUAAAAGAGAAAGCCGACACCUGUGAAAGAGAAGCGCUCAUGUCAGAGCUCAAAAUGAUGACCCACCUGGGGCACCAUGACAACAUCGUGAAUCUGCUGGGGGCAUGCACACUGUCAGGGCCAGUGUACUUGAUUUUUGAAUAUUGUUGCUAUGGCGACCUCCUCAACUACCUCAGAAGUAAAAGAGAAAAGUUUCACAAGACAUGGACAGAGAUUUUUAAGGAGCAUAAUUUCAGUUUUUACCCCACUUUCCAGUCACAUUCAAAUUCCAGUAUGCCGGGUUCACGAGAAGUUCAGAUACACCCGCCCCCGGAUCGGAUCUCACGGUUCAAUGAGAAUCCAAUUCACUCUGAAGAUGAGAUUGAAUAUGAAAACCAAAAGAGGCUAGAAGAAGAAGAGGAAGAAGAUUUGAACGUGCUGACAUUUGAAGACCUUCUUUGUUUUGCAUAUCAAGUGGCCAAAGGCAUGGAGUUCCUGGAGUUCAAGUCGUGUGUUCACAGAGACCUGGCAGCCAGGAACGUGCUGGUCACCCACAGGAAGGUGGUGAAGAUCUGUGACUUUGGACUGGCCCGAGACAUCCUGAGUGACUCCAGCUACGUCGUCAGGGGCAAUGCGCGGCUGCCAGUGAAGUGGAUGGCACCCGAGAGCUUAUUUGAAGGGAUCUAUACAAUCAAGAGUGACGUCUGGUCCUACGGCAUCCUUCUCUGGGAGAUAUUUUCACUGGGUGUGAACCCUUACCCCGGCAUCCCUGUUGAUGCUAACUUCUAUAAACUGAUUCAGAAUGGAUUUAAAAUGGAGCAGCCAUUCUAUGCCACCGAAGAGAUAUACUUUGUAAUGCAAUCCUGCUGGGCUUUUGACUCAAGGAAGCGGCCAUCCUUCCCCAACCUGACUUCAUUUUUAGGAUGUCAGCUGGCAGAGGCAGAGGAAGCAAUGUACCAGAACAUGGGUGGCAGCGUUCCAGAACAUCCAUCCAUCCACCAAAACAGGCGGCCUAUCAGCAGAGAGGCAGGCUCAGAGCCACCGUCACCACAGGCCCAGGUGAAGAUUCACAGAGAAAGAAGCUAG